GUCAUGUCGUGGGUGUCAUCGAUCGGACGGAUGAGAGUCGAGCCCUUUAUCUUCCUAUUUAUGUUCGCGUAUGCAUUGGAAGGCCUAACGAUCUCACAGUUAGCUCAGGACAAGAUCUGCGCCCAGCGGUACGCCAUGGGUGGCCAGUACUGCGCCGGACUUAGCCAACAGCCGGCCAGCGAAGUCAAGAAUCGGAUUCUGGCAGAAGUGACCACAUUCUCGCUCUACAAGACACUCAUCAACACUAUUCCAGUCAUAUUCUGGUCACUGUUUUUGGGCGCCUGGGCUGACAAACACUUGAGUGCCCCGCGUUUCCUCAUGUCCGCCGCCGCCAUCGCCUCCUGUCUGGAGAGUUGUGUCCUUUACGUCAACGCCUAUUACUUUCAAACAGACGAGAAUCUGCUGUUGCUAUCAUUCAUACCAUUUUCAUUAUGUGGCGGAUUGUUAAGUGUAAUGAUGUCUAUCUACAGCUAUAUCGCCGGCACGACUGACCCCCAAACCCGUACCAUUAGGUUCGCCAUCAUUGAAGCCCUCAUAUUUGUUUCGGCGCCGAUGGGUAUAUUUAUCGGUGGAGUAUUGAUCGGCGAUACAAUCGACGGCCCGAACGGACAGUUACACGAUUACGGCUCAGUCUUUGUCGUCGGAUUUAUUGCUCAAUUAUUGGCNUAUAUCACAUGUUAA